AUGGAAAGACUACACAUCUGCAUUGAUUGCGGCGGUUCAAAGACGUCAAGUUCACUAGCCGCGUUCUCGACCACCCCCGUGAUCCUCGCCAGAGGUGCUGCAGGGCCAUCAAACUACAAGGAUAAUGGCCUCGUCAUCUUCCUAAACGCCAUCCGGACGGCCACUCUCUCUGCUCUCUCCCAGGCCCUCGCGGGAGAAUCUGUCGAGCUACCGACGGUCGAAAACGUGUUGAAUUCAUCGCAAAUCAUCACAGAAUCACACAAGAAGUAUCUAUAUUCUGCCUGGAUUGGCGCAUCCGGCGUCGACAGCGCGACCGACAUCGGCACGCUCGAGCCGCUCUUAUCCCGCCUCUUGGGAAUCCCUCUAGAGGCACAGAGACUCGUGAUCGCCAACGACGCCCACAUAUUCGCCAGCCCGCUCCUCGCGACGCCAGAAUCCAUCAACCAUGCGGUCGUCGCCAUCGCCGGCACGGGAAGCGUCGUCAUCUCCUUUCGACGGCAGCCAUCGUCUAUCGCACCUACACAAGAGAUUGUCCAGCUCGCUCGUGCGGGCGGUUGGGGAUUCUUGUUGGGAGACGAGGGUUCAGGCUUUGCAGCUGGCCGAGAGGCUAUUCGAGAGGUUUUACGACGAUUCAAUGCGCAAGACUUGGAAGAUGCACCAUCACCGAGUGAUAAGAAUGGACUCACUUCAAUUCUACUCAAUCACUUUCAGCUCUCCUCACCGGACGAACUAUUCUCGGUCGUCUAUGCCCCCGAUGUACCAUCAUCCUCAUCUUCAAUCACAGCGCCAUGGGCAAGAAUGGAGAGGAAGCAAAGGAUAGUAUCCCUUGCCCCGCUCGUCUUUCACGCCGCCUUUACGCUCCACGACGAUGCAGCCCUCACGGCAUUGCGAAACUCGGUACGGGGACUCGCAUCUCAAAUAGCAGGGCUAUCUAUCCAAAAGAAAGGAUCAUCCUCGGGCAAGCGAGUCCCAGCAGAGUCAUCGAUAUUGGUCGUCGGGGGAUCGUUGCUAGGUGUGGCAGAGUAUCGACGGUUACUCGUCGAGGAACUUGCUAGUUUAGAUAGAGUAUUUUCAAACGUCGUAAUAUCCUUAUUCGUCUUCUGCCGCAAGUUUCUGCUCGACGCGCUGUACAAGGACCUUCGUUCCCUCUCGGCUCCCGAUGCAGGUCCUUUAGACGCGGAUCAAGAUGAUACGGAGCUCGAUACUCUCCCGACAGCGUCGACGAGUCGAGCGCCCGAGCUCCGUCAUCACAAUACCCCAGGAUCGGCUUCGUCGCUCAGUUUCGUGCACAGUGUGCUAUUCAAUAGAGCUUCUACCCUAUCAAAGGAUAAUUUCGAAUCGAAUCUAUCGCGUAGUGCCUUUGCGCUCUGUUUCGAAGAAAGUUGCAUCUUGUUCCUACUCGUCAUGUGUCAGGCUCUUGACGUUCUAAGCCCAAGGGUGCGCAAGCUGCACUGGACACUCUCAAUCUUCGUUCUCGUUAGCCUCGUGAUCAUCUUUAUCCCGCUUCUCCAAUGCCAUCUCUUCACCUACCGCACCACCAUCAAACGCACACUCAAGUCUCACCUCGCGUUUACACUCACGCCCUAUCUCUUCUACCUUUUCGCAUUCUCCUACGUACCUCUUCCCAAACAACAACUUGGGUCAUAUCAUCUGUUCAACAACGCUGUCGCUCGCAUGACGGUGCUGGGUACCCUGUUACUGGGACUGUUGAGCGGAUUCGGUGCGGUUAGUACCGCGUGGUCGUUUAGACCAUCUGUUAGUGCCUCCGAGGAGGUUACCGACAAGGACAUCAACUCUGCUGCUGCUGCCCUUGAGCGCGUUCGCACAGAUCUCUCUCAACGGCAACGAGAGGCACAGGAAAGUGGCGCAGUACAGGAAAGUCCCAGUUGGCUCCCCACACGCUUGUUCAAAGGACCUUCUGGAGCGUCUGCUCUGCUUCAGGAGAUUGAGGGCUUGAGGGCACUAGAGUCGCAAAUGGCGCGCAAUCUAGAUGCAUUACAGCGUCGCAGGGGAGAAAUCGCGUUCCGGAGAACGUUAAAAGGCAGGAUAUUUGUCAUCAUUGGACAAGCCUUUGCCGUUUACUGCGUAUUUCGAAUCAUAAGCUCGGUUCGCAAUCUGAUCUUUGGUCCGAGCACCGAACCAGGGCUCUCGUCUCCGGAUAUCCUAACUCAUCUCCUUGCGCGCAUCGUCUCGUUUUUGCCCCUUCCUCACUCCAUCGAAUUGACGCCUCACGCCAUUGCAUCGCUUGCUCGACAAAUCAGUCUGCUACUCGUGGGCUGUAUCAUUCUCAGCAGCGUGCGUGCUGUGUUGAGGCAGAUUGCAAGGGUGUUGAGGGUGUCAAGUCACUCGCUCGGUGCCGCUUUCUUAUUGCUCUUUUUGGCGCAAUUGAUGGGAACGUACCUACUUUCGACGCUGAUCCAACUUCGCACAUCGUUUCCACCUAGCCCACUCCACUCGGGUCCGGGAGUCGUUCCACCUCCCGCAAAUACGACAGCAACACCACCCAACACGGAGCUGGACGCCCCUCUGGACGUCAAUGGUCCUGGUGCCUUUGAAGGUAGUGGCGAAGAAGAUAACUUAUUUGCCUCGCUACCGGAAUAUCAACUUUUCGGUGUCCUCUUCGACGCGUCCUUCCUCCUCGCGGCCAUCUUUACAAGCGGUGUCGUCUGGGCACAUAAAAGACUCAAUCGGGCAGAGGUGUUCACUUGA